AACCCAACCUUACCUACCGGCUAACGUAUUGGAGAGCUCUCAUCACUCGCCUCUUGCCGCAGCAGGCUGGCGAUUCCCACUCCAGCUUGGCGCCCAUGAAUCCCCCAACUCCCUUAUUCGGCAUCCCAACGUCAACUCCAAUUUCACGCACCACCACAUCGUUCUCGAUUAACAUUGGCGACUCUUUGACGUCUUAGAUUUUGCACGCGCUUCUUGUAGAGUAGGACGAGGGUAACUGUAGGGAGGGCACACUAGUAAUUUCGGCAACGCGUCGGAAUAAAGAAGCUGGACACUUGCUUCCGAAGUAACUGCACCCUGCUGCUCCCCUGCACCACAGCUUUUAAUUUUGGCUUUGAUCUCCUGUGCUCGCCCUCACCGUAAGUUUUCAUGUUUAAAUAAUAUAUUUAUCAUUAGCCCAAAAUUCAACUGUCGGUGUCCGAGAGUAGGUUUGUAGCAGCAUUAAAAUGAGCUCCACUACAGAGGAUCACAAACUGUUGUAUUUUCAAUUUGAGGGGUAUUUUUUGCUCUGCCAGUACUACCAGUAACAGAGAGAACAAAGCUAAGCAAAGGCAAAAGGGAAUCGAUGUCGCUUUAGAUCACCUCAUUUCCUUCGUUUGCAAGCGCACUCAAUCAUGGAAUGGUAGAUUUGGGAUUUUUAAGUUACACAUUUUUUAGGAAUUGGGGUUUGGAAUUCUCUGAUUAUCAUUUAUCCAGUCAUGGGCAAAUCACCAGGUAGAUGGAUCAAGACUGUACUGUUUGGAAAGAAGCCUUCCAAAUCUCAUUCUGCAAAAGGGAGGCUGAGAACUGCAAAUGAGAAAGAAGAAUUGGUUUCUGCAAAGGCAUCAGAAACUGAUGAUCUUGUAAUCUCGCAUCCAACCCCUGUUAUCACUGUUCGCUCUGAAAGGCAGUUAGAACUUGAGAGCCAGGAGACUGCAGACUCACCACCUGAUGGGGCCAUAUUGUUACCAGGAAAUCAGGAUGCAGAUUUACAAGGGUACACACCCCAAGCCACAUUAUCUGAUGCUGAGAAAAUAAGGCAAGAGGAAGCUGCAACAUUGGCACAAGCUGCAUUUAGGGGUUACUUGGCUCGUCGGGCAUUUCGGGCCCUUAAAGGCAUAAUAAGGCUUCAGGCGCUUAUCCGUGGGCACUUGGUCAGGAGACAAGCUGUUGCCACUUUGUGCUGUGUGCUGGGAAUUGUCAAGCUGCAGGCACUUGCUCGAGGAAUAAAAGUUAGGAAUUCAGAUAGCAGGCAGGAUUUUCUUAAAAAAUGCAAUGUGGUGAUGCCUCUGGAGGGCAAGCUUGGGGAUCUUGAUGGAGCUCAUCUUUCUAUCCAAAGAGCAAGGCUAUCAGCAAAUGCUUUUGUUCACAAGCUUGUGGCUUCAUCACCUACUGUGAUGCCUUUGCGCAUUUAUUAUGACUCUGUGGAGCCAAAUUCAGUUCCAAAUUGGUUAGAACGUUGGUCAGCAUCUCGCUUUUGGAAACCAAUUCCCCAGCCAAAGAAGAUUUCUCACCCAAAAACUCAGAGAAAGCAGAAUAAUGGUCAUAUGCCAGAAGCAGAAACUGGUAGGCCCAAGCGCAGUGUUCGGAGGGUCCCAGCUGCAAAUGUUGACAAUACUUCAGUGCAAGCAACCUCUGAAAUUGAGAAACCCAAGCGCAAUCUUAGGAAAGCUUCAAGCCAUCCAGUUGAUAUGGUGCAGGAAAAUCCGCAAAAUGAGCUUGAAAAGGUAAAACGUAAUUUGAGAAAGGUUCAUAACCCGAUAAUUGAAAGUUCUGUUCAGUCAGAGGCAGAAAUUGAGAAACCAAAACAAAGCUUGGAAAAGGCAUCAGGCAAUUCUGGUGAUAAUCUUUUGGGACAGAAUAUGAAUAAUUCAGGGGAGAAGAUUAGGAAAGAAACGACCUCGGCAACACCCAAACUACCUGUUGUGGUGAAGAAUGAAUCAACCUUGGUAGCAACCAAAUUGCCUGAUGUCGGAACAACUCCAGAACCACUAGGAAUAAAUGAAGCACCAGAAUUUCUUAGUGAUCAAACUUUGGAUGAAUCAAAGCCUUCAGUAGAGAAUGGUGGUAAAGAUGAGAAUACUCCUGUUACAAAUGGGGAGUUAAGCCAUAAGGAACACAAGGAACAUCCAACAAUCAAUGAAAAUCAUAAAUUCAGCAGGAAAACCUCUAGUUUGGCAAAGCAAGAACAUGCAGAGAAUGGGUUACAGAGCAGUCCAGUACUCCCCAGCUAUAUGGCAGCUACUGAAUCUGCCAAGGCAAAGCUGAGGGCUCAAGGUUCCCCAAGGUUUAGCCAAGAUGGAGCUGAGAAAAAUAAUAGUGCUCGGCGCCAUUCUCUUCCAUCUUCAACAAAUAGCAAAAUCAGCUCACAAUCACCAAGGACAAGAACCAUUCAUUCUGGUGGCAAAGGGGCGAGCAAAAGUGACAAGUCUCUAUUAUCAACGAGGGAAGGAAAUGCAAAGGCAACCCAGGCUGAGUGGAGGAGGUGAUCUUUUGGAGCCUUGGGUUUCAAGGGGUUAGCUUGAGGAGCUGAGUUCUGAUUUUAUCUGCAGUUGUGGUUUUUGUGUCUGUGAUGUAAGAUCAUGUUGUGAAACAAAAAAGUGAUCUAUAGUUGGAAGGUGUGUUGGGCCCAGAGUCUUUUCUAGAGUAUCCUGCAGUAGAUGUUUGUGACUGAAUGUACAUCAUAGGUUUUGAAUUAUACGUUGUGUUACAAUCAUACAUUUAUUCUAAACUGUGUUUGGUUUUGACGUUA